ACAGAAUAAAGAACAAAAAAAAAAAAAAAAAAAAAAAGAAGGAAGGAAGGAUCAAAAUUGGUAGUCCAUUUUAAUAGCAUCUGUGUGUCUGCCCCAAAAGCCAGCCACCAUCUUCAGCCGUUUUCUCCUUCCAUCGGAGAAGUCAUGACUUACGCUACUCACGUUCUUCGUCACUCCAAUAAGAUCAGAAAUUCUUCAAACUUAAUACGGCAUGACUCUGCUAUUCUUGUCCGCUGGUUCAGUAAUGGCACGAGGCCUUCUAUGGAGAAGGGAGAUGAUAUUUUAAGGUGCCAGUCUGGUCUCAUAUCAGGAGAGAGACACAACAUUCCGAAGUCCUUCAAUAGAUGCAACUCAGCUUCAGCGCUAUCCAACAACAGUUGUAGAGCUGCAUCCCCCACGAUGUCAUUUGGAAAUGCUCUUAGAACUGCAAUUGCUCCAUGCGCUUCCACCGGGAGCAUGUCUUUCAUGAGAGGGUCUUCAGGAUCACAAGUGCCUUCAAGGAGGGGUUUCUCCACUGCUUCAGAUCUUCCUCCACACCAAGAGAUUGGUAUGCCCUCUCUUUCACCUACAAUGACAGAGGGAAAUAUUGCCAGAUGGCUAAAGAAAGAGGGUGAUAAAGUUUCUCCUGGUGAAGUGCUCUGUGAAGUGGAAACAGAUAAAGCAACAGUGGAGAUGGAGUGCAUGGAAGAGGGAUAUCUAGCUAAGAUUCUUCGCGAAGACGGAGCAAGCAAUAUCAAAGUUGGAGAGGUGAUUGCUAUUACCGUUGAAGAGGAAGGUGAUAUUGCAAAAUUUAAAGAUUACCAGCCUUCAACAUCAGAUGCUACGCCUUCACCGAAAGAGCCUGCUUCUCCACCUCCUCCCAAAGAAGAGGUUGCCGAGAAGCCUGUCACCCCAUCAGAGCCAAAAGUUUCUAAACCUAGUGCGCCUCCAGCAGAUCGCAUUUUUGCUAGUCCGCUGGCCAGGAAAAUAGCAGAAGAUCACAAUAUAUCUCUCUCAAACAUCAAAGGAACAGGUCCCGAGGGACGUAUUGUGAAAGCUGAUAUUGAAGAUUAUCUUGCUUCUCGAGGAAAGGAAGCCCCUGCAGCAGCUCCCAAGGCUGACACGUCUCUUGAUUACACAGAUAUUCCUGUUUCACAGAUAAGAAAGGUGACAGCUUCUAGGUUGCUGUUGUCAAAGCAAACCAUUCCCCAUUACUAUUUGAGUGUUGAUACAUGCGUCGACAAACUCAUGGAAUUGAGGAGCCAGCUCAAUUCAUUGCAAGAGGCUUCAGGAGGAAAGAAGUUAUCUGUUAAUGAUCUUGUAAUAAAGGCUACUGCUUUGGCUCUUCGAAAAGUUCCUCAGGCCAACAGUUCAUGGACCAAUGAGUACAUUCGCCAGUAUCACAACAUAAAUAUCGGUGUAGCAGUGCAGACGGAUAAUGGACUUUAUGUUCCAGUCGUCAAGGACGCUGAUAAGAAAGGGUUAUCCACUAUUUCCGAAGAAGUGAAGAACUUAGCCGAGAAGGCAAAAGGGAACAGCUUAAAACCACAGGAUUAUGAGGGAGGGACAUUCACCGUCACCAAUUUGGGAGGGCCUUUUGGCAUUAAACAGUUCUGUGCCAUCAUUAACCCUCCACAAUCGGCCAUCCUAGCUGUUGGAUCUGCUGAGAGAAGGGUGGUUCCAGGAUCGGGCCAAGACCAGUAUCAGUUUUCCAGUAUGAUGUCUGUAACACUGAGCUGUGAUCACCGGGUGAUUGAUGGCGCAAUUGGUGCAGAAUGGCUCAAAGCAUUCAAAGGCUACAUAGAGAGUCCAGAAUCAAUGUUACUGUAGAUUGAUACUUCCUUUUUUUUUUUUUUUGGUCGAUCCUUUGAAUUCUUCACGUUUUCCUCAACAAAUGGGAUGUACUUGGAUGUAUGAUAAAAUGGGAUUUCACGUGCCAUGGCCUGAUCUUAUUGCUUGAUAUAAGCAUCUUUAUUUGGGAAAGUGGCUGAACAACUUGGGAAUAAGAGGCUGCAAGGCUAUGUACCAUUCAUUUAGGCUUUUCGUUCGCGCAGAGUAAACGUCAGUUUUUUGCUCGAGAUCAUUGAGUUGAUAAUCUGAAUCUGUCUGAAGUAGAUGGAAUACUUGUUGUAAAUUCAUCUUUUUUUAAUAAGAUUCACUAAUCUGCAAGUUUUGAGAUGCUUCAA